AUGCAAUUACUUGUACCAGUUCUUGGAAAAAAAGCAAUCCCAAUUGGAGAAGAUGUAACCAAAGCAGCAAAAUAUAAACUUGUUGGAAAUUUUUUUAUUGGGGGAAUAAUUGAAAUGUUGUCAGAAGGAUUAACAUUUGCAGAUAAAAAUGAUAUUAGUAGAGACAAAAUUAUGGAAUUUUUUGAAGAAUUUUCAUCUGAUGCGAUUAUUAAAGGAUAUGAUAUCGGCUUCAGUGUUAAUAAUGCCAUGAAAGAUGUUAGACUUAUGCGUAAUUUAGCUGAUGAUUCUCAAGCUCAAUUACCAAUUGCAGAUUUAUUAUUUCAACAUUUAUUAACAUCAAAAGCAAAUGGUGGUCAACAUUAUGAUUGGUCUUCUGCUGUUGGAGCUUUAAGACUUGGUAAAACAAAAUAG